GGACAGGAAGCGGAAAGCAGCGGAGAGCGGCGACCGCGGCGGGGCUGUGCCUCCACUGCAGCCCAGCGCAGGCCGCGGAGCCGGGGCGCUGCAGCAAGAACGCGGGCGUGGAGCGCUGCUGGCCGGCGCCAGGAGUCCUGUUGAAGAGUAGCAUCUCUGAGGCCCACAAGACUUUAGGAGCGAGUGGGUGAGACUGCUCGUGGGAGAAGAGAGCCUGCUCCAUCCGCUAUCCGGGGAAGCUCGCCAUUGCUAUGGAUACCGAAUCCACAUAUUCUGGAUAUUCCUACUACUCAAGCCAUUCAAAAAAAUCUCACAGGCAAGGGGAAAGAACACGAGAAAGACACAAAUCUCCACGGAGUAAAGAUGGCAGAGGGUCAGAAAAGUCUGUCACUAUCCAGGCUCCCACUGGAGAGCCCCUGCUGGCCAAUGACUCUGUCCCCACAGGCGCAGAGGAAGUUCAGGAUGACAACUGGGGAGAGACCACCACAGCCAUCACGGGCACCUCGGAGCACAGUAUAUCCCAAGAGGACAUCGCCAGGAUUAGCAAGGACAUGGAGGACAGCGUGGGGCUAGAUUGCAAGCGUUAUCUGGGCCUUACUGUCGCCGCAUUCCUUGGACUGCUCGUGUUCCUCACCCCCAUCGCCUUCAUCCUGCUGCCCCCAAUCCUGUGGAGGGAGGAGCUGAAACCCUGUGGCGCCAUCUGCGAGGGACUCCUCAUUUCUGUAUCGUUCAAACUGCUUAUUCUGCUCAUUGGAACCUGGGCACUCUUCUUCCGCAAGCAGAGAGCAGAUGUGCCGCGGGUAUUUGUGUUCCGAGCCCUUUUGUUGGUCCUCAUCUUUCUGUUUGUGGUUUCUUACUGGCUUUUUUACGGGGUUCGCAUCUUGGACUCUAGGGACCAGAAUUACAAGGACAUCGUGCAAUAUGCAGUCUCCCUUGUGGACGCGCUGCUUUUUAUCCACUACCUUGCCAUCGUGCUACUGGAGCUGCGGCAGCUACAACCUAUGUUCACACUGCAGGUGGUCCGCUCUACCGAUGGAGAGUCCCGCUUCUACAGCUUGGGACACCUGAGCAUCCAGAGAGCAGCCUUGGUGGUUCUGGAGAAUUACUACAAGGACUUCACCAUCUACAACCCCAACCUUCUAACGGCAUCCAAAUUCCGAGCCGCUAAGCACAUGGCUGGCCUGAAAGUCUACAAUGUAGAUGGGCCCAGCAACAAUGCCUCUGGUCAGUCCCGAGCCAUGAUUGCUGCAGCUGCCCGGCGCAGGGACUCGAGCCACAAUGAGCUGUAUUAUGAGGAAGCUGAACAUGAGCGGCGGGUGAAGAAGCGGAGAGCAAGAUUGGUAGUGGCAGUAGAGGAAGCCUUCAUCCACAUCCAGCGUCUCCAGGCUGAGGAGCAGCAGAAGUCUCCUGGAGAGGUGAUGGACCCCAGGGAGGCAGCUCAGGCCAUCUUCCCCUCCAUGGCCAGGGCGCUGCAGAAGUACCUGCGUACCACACGGCAGCAACACUACCACAGCAUGGAGAGCAUCCUGCAGCAUCUGGCCUUCUGCAUCACCAACAGCAUGACCCCCAAGGCUUUCCUUGAACGAUACCUCAGCGCGGGUCCCACCUUGCAGUAUGACAAGGAUCGCUGGCUCUCGACACAGUGGAGACUUAUUAGUGAUGAAGCCGUGACGAAUGGGUUACGGGAUGGAAUUGUUUUCGUCCUUAAAUGUUUGGACUUCAGCCUCGUAGUCAAUGUGAAGAAAAUUCCGUUCAUUGUACUCUCUGAAGAGUUCAUAGACCCCAAAUCUCACAAGUUUGUUCUUCGCUUACAGUCCGAGACAUCGGUUUGAAAGGUCUAUAUUUGUGGCUUUAUGAAAAACAAAAGAAGAAUAUAUAGAGAUAUAUAUGUCCUGGGGGGGAUCCUUUUAUAAAGAUUUUUUUUUUUUUAAUUCUUCAAUGCUGACUGAAACUGGCAGAUGAUAGACCAGUACCCUUCGACCAUCUGCACUUUAUUUGGAAGGAAGCAGAUGUCCACCCCAACAAGCAACUGGUGGCAUCUGACUUUAAUAGAUGGGACUUCUGAAGAAGCUGUUCCCUGGAGUUCCUGUGACAGCUGUAAACCAAAGUGGAGCUGCUGUGUCCUUGGGAGCCUCGCCUUACUGGUCCCUGCCUGUCGCCCCGCUACCGUGUCCCCCUGUACUUCUGGUCGACCCCUCAUAGGUUCUAGGGGACUCCCUUCCACGCGUGUGUUUGCGCCUGUAAUUAUCCAUAUCACUAUACCAUCCUGGGGAGUGGUGGGCAGUCCAGGAAGUACCCACCCACCAGCAUCUGUUCUUUGUUGCCUUAAGUUCCUCAGAGAAAGAGCCCAACAGAAGCUGUGUGCUGCCGGGUUGCAGCUGUUCAGUGAUUUGCUUUCUCUUCUCCAGAUGGAGAGAACUACCUGCCCUGUGUCUGGCCCAGCUCCUUUAAUUGGCCUGAGGCAGGUAGCCUUUCCCUAGCCCUGGGACUGACCACCUGAACUCCACAGUAGCCCCUGUUGAGCACCCCAGACCACAGCCCCACCUGGUGGGCGGCCCUGCCGAGGCUAGCUCUGCCCACCCCCCCAGCUUUCCCAGGGUGUCCACAAGCUCUUUGCACAGCCUCAGCCUCUCCCGCAGAGUCCUUUUCAGAAGCAAGGUGUGACCCCAGGGAGCCAUUGGCUGCAGAGCCCCCCUUAGGCUGCAACAGGAGCCUCUGCUUCCUUAGGCCUGCUUCUCACAAACCAGGAGAGACCAACACUGUGACUCCAGUUGGCAGGUGCCUCUUGGAGCCAUCCAAUUUCCCAGGGAGACGGGUAUUCACAAAGUUCAUGUGCCAAGCUGCCCUAUCACAGGAGACCAAACAAUGCCCACACGCUGGCAACUGUUGCUGUCCCAUCGCUGUGGUUUGUGACCACCAUCACUGUGCAGUGUACUGCAAGGAAAGGGGUACGCUGCCCUUAAUUACUGGUCAGGAAGAGAAAGGGAAAGGGAGUGCUGGGAAAAGGGAGAGUGGGGAGGGGGGCGUCAGCAUUGCAGUCUGGGAGGCCUCUUCUGUCAGCUAGUUUUGUAACUGGUUUCAGAGGACUGUCCCUCGAUUUGUAGACAUAGGUGCCUCCUGGCAGAACCCUGUGCCAGGAAGUGCCAAUGGAGCCAUGUCCUGAAACCUUAAAGUGGGGUGGGUGUCUUGGUCUCAGUUUACCUACCUGUAUCUGAGGCAAUGAUCCCCCAAGUAUUCACUCUUUCUUUUCCUGGUUUCAGGGAUCUGGUUUCAGGAAAGGAGAACACUGUCACCAUGCCCUCUUGUCCCUGCAGGUAUCCCUUCCUGUUUAUGCACUUGGUAAAUCACACUAUUUUAUCUGUCAUUUUUUUAAAAAAAAUCAAAAUUGGCUUGGGAUAUUUGUAAUAUAUCUGUAUUUGGAAAAGUGAGCAUUCUUCACUCCACAACUUUUAGCUCAGGAAGGUGUGUUGGGGAAGGAAGGGGAAUCGCAGGGGCAAGGCACAGAGCCAGGAGACCCCAUGUUAGUAGCACGACUCUGUUUAGGACACACAGAGUGGAACCAUGGUGCUUUGGUCUUAGUUUUUCCCGUUAGGUCCCUUCUGGCUGGAAGUUCCUUGUGAUGUCUUUCUCAGGAAUAUUUUAGGAGGUAAGGUAAGGGGUGGGCAGUCUGGGAGAGAUUGGCUGUGUGUGGAGGGUAAUGUCACAGGCUAGCUGCUUGGCCACGAAUACCGUGUGGCUCUAAGUGCCAUAAAUGUACAGAAUGUGGGGUUAGAUGUAACACUGCUCAUCAGCGCUUAAAAUACUGUGCUCCCUACGCUGUCUUAGAUCCUGGCUCUCUAAGGGGUUAAGUUGGAGCCCUGUAUUGGUAUGUGCAUUUGCAGCAGGGUAAGAAAGGUUUAAAUUAAGGAAUUAAUUUAUUUUCUCUCCUGCCCCCCCUCUCCCUCUAUGACUCUUUGCAUAGUAGAAUUUCAGACUUCCUGAAAUUAUUGUUUUGGUUGUAAAUUGAAUAUCAAUUUUUUUCUUUCAAAACACGAAGUUUGCAUCGAUUUCUUCCCAAAGGAGAAACAAAAAUCAAAGGCAAAUUAGGCCCUUGUGCUCUCGCAUCUCAGCAGCUUGAGUUACUAGCGAAGUGGGACCAUGUGAAUGAUAGUUUGGAGAAAAGCAAUGGAAAGAUGCAGAAAGCUGCAUCACACGAUUAAAGACAAUAAAUUUUUAUUUCAUUUCUUAAAGCCCCACAGCCUAUUCUUUUUAAAGAAUGUAAAUUGUGCCCUAAAGCUAGUAGGAUGCAUGAUCCCGUUAGAGUACACAGGAUUCCAUUAACUUAAAUGUUUAUAGAUUUUUUUCCCCUAUAACUUUCAACCUAAGUUAUUAAAAUUCUAACAUUAAGUGUGAAAGAACUCAAUGCCGAGAGUAGGUUCGCUAUGGCUGUCCUCCCCCUGGUGAUUUUCAGUUGUCUACAAAAGUAGACAACUUUUGUUCAAAAGUGUGUGUUAUAAAAAGGGGGGACAGUCUUUAAUAGUCCACGAAUUGACUAUUCCAAAAGUCUGCACCAUGGAAAUUCGAAUAGGUUUUAAAGUUAUAAGGCUCAUUCAUCCUUAGGUUAGCCACAGAGUCAAGAUCUUUUGGCUAAAGUUCACAAAGUAAACCCCAGAGGAAAUGCUUAGCCUUCAUCCCCCUGACCUCCUGACAAUAGCUGCUUCCCUUUCUUCCUCUGAUCUCCCUUUUGAGAUCUGCAAGAAGACUGGUUCUUUACAGCAGAGAGGGUGAAGUAUGCUUGUCUCAUUGCAAUUCAUUGUUAGGAGCAUGGGGGGCCUGGCCAUUCUGGUGAGUCUUACAAAGGCUUACGGUGCUCACUCUUGCCACUCCUUGAGUGGUGGUAGUCAGUCUCCUUUCUAUACCAUCUUCUUGGGUGCAUGUCUUAAAUGUAACAGCUUGUCUUAGUCAGGCUUGCUAUUGCAGUGAUGAAACACUAUGACCAAAAGCACUUGGGGGAGGAAAGGGUUUAUUGUGCUAAUUGAUUCCACAUCACUGUUCAUCAUCAAAGGAAAUCAGGACUGGAACUUAAGCAUGACAGGAACCU